AUGGAGUUAUCCAAGAUGGGGGAAAGAGUCUUCGCAGCCGAGUGUAUUCAAAAACGUCGAGUUCGCAAAGGAAAAGUGGAAUAUUUGGUAAAAUGGAAAGGGUGGUCGAUCAAAUACAAUACAUGGGAGCCCGAAGAGAAUAUUCUAGAUCGUCGGCUGAUCGAACAGUUCAAGAGAGAAACUAGCGGAGGGAGUAAGCGGGGACCAAAGGCAAAGAAAGCAAGGGUACAGAAUGAAAGUAUAGAGGACUCCGGCGAUGGUUCUGUUGAAGAAGAUGAAGAAGAUAAUGGUGAAAACAGUGACAACUCUGAAGAUGAGGAUGGGUCAAGUGAAGCCAGUGCCGAUGCAACAAGAAACAAGAAAGAUGCUCAGUCUGCCGCCCCGCCUCAUUUGGAUCGAGACAAAGAGAAGGAGAAAAGUGGAGACAGAGAUAAGUUUUGUACGUCAGUAAAUCUGAAAACUUCGCAUCUUCCUGUCAAACGUGGGCCUGGGCGGCCACCGAAAAAUCCUACCCACCCGAGUUACGUGCCGCCAACAGAAAAAUCAAAACUGCAUCAGAACAAGGUGAAACUAAAGACUGGUCGAAAACCAGGACCAAAGAAAGGACAAAUCAGAAUCAAGUCUGCCGCAGCCAGUACGUCUCACUCAUCACAACAGUUGAGUCCUGUAGGGGACAUUACUGCAACUACAAACUCAACAUCCACCAGUGGAAAAAAUAUCAAGAAAGAUAAAGAAAAUACAGUAAAAACUGAGAAUGCCAUAAGCAGUACAUACAGUAAGGUAAAUUCCAAACAGGAAGUCAAACUGCCAGAUGCCUGUUCAGCACCAAAAAGCACCGGUGUUAUGUCUGUCGGUUCAGCUGUAGAUAAUGGUGUCUAUGAUUUUCCGUCUGACGAUUACGACUCCAGCAAAGAGCCGGUAUCAAAUAAUUUACCAGUGAGGAUUAUGCCAUCCAAGAAAUAUUGGAUUCCGCCCAGUUUUUUCAAGCCGGUUAUUGACAGUUUGGUUAUCACUGACGUCAGUACAGCAGACACUCUAGUGACUGUGAAAGAAUGCUCAUUUGAUUCCGGUUUUUUUACUUAG